UCAGUAGUAAUCUUCCUACUUCAUGGGAGGAGAAUCUGGUAAAGUCAUUGUAUUAUUUCAUUGAAGCCUUUAACUGGAUGAGUACGACUUCUCGCGAGGUGGAUUUGAGUUUACUAAUGGUUUGAUGAGCAAAAGCCAAUUGCCAUAUUCUUCCUGAAUAAUGCUUUUAACUAUGAUAUGAUGCUCCCCGAAAAAGCAGAAAGUGGGGAGUGUUUGCAUUUGAAGUUUCAGUUAUGUAUUCGCAACUUUAGAGCCCAAAAACUUGUGAGAAGAAAGUGCAACAGGACGAAUAUACAAGUAGGAUACAUUGACGUUGUUGGAAGCAAGGGACGAAAAGGACUAAACGCAGAUGAGAAGGACAUUUCUUUAGUUUCAUUGCAUUGCAAAAAGAUCAUAAUUCGGCUACGUAUUUGAUUUUGCCAAGUUCUCAUCCUAGUUUCCACGGCACUCUUCUUCGUUCGGGUGUCUUCAACAAGUGGGAUUAAAAGUUCUCUCUUUGAUUCUCACUCUUUGACUCUGAAUGAUACUUUGUAAGACAUUUCACACUAGUGAAAUUCCCUAUCUUUACCUUUUCAGUCAUGAAAAAUGCGGCUGCUGCCGUCAAAACGUCUUUGCUAAACCAAUCAGACACUCGUACCAUUGCCAACUUUUACGCAGUCCAGCUCCAAUUUCUUUGCCGAGAGAAAAAGUAUGCCAGCUCAGCUUUUGCUCUUGUUCGAUCAAUCCAUGGCAACAUGAUUACCUCCGGAUUCAGGCCACGAAGCCACAUCCUUAAUCGCUUAAUCGACAUUUACUGCAAAAAUUCCGGCCUUGUGUAUGCAAAGCACCUGUUUGAUAGAAUUCCCCAACCAGAUGUCGUGGCAAGAACAACAAUUAUUGCUGCAUACUCUGCUUCCGGUUACCCCAAGCUUGCAAGAGAGGUUUUUAAUAAAACCCCAUUAAGCAUCCGCGACACUGUUUGUUACAACGCUAUGAUUACAGGCUAUUCACACAACAAUGAUGGCCAUGCUGCUAUAAAACUAUUUCUUGAUAUGAGGUGGAAAAGUUUUCCUCCUGAUGAGUACACCUACACCUCAGUGCUUGCAGCUUUAGCUCUUAUAGCUGAUCAUGAAAUGCACUGCGGGCAGCUGCAUUGUGCUGUUGUGAAGUCGGGCAUGGCGUCAGUUAAGUGCGUCGUCAAUGCACUUAUAUCAGUCUAUGUAAAAUGUGCUUCAUCACCCAUAGCGUCAUCCGUGGUGUUGAUGGACUCAGCAAGCAAAUUAUUUUAUGAGAUGCCAGAGCGGGAUGACUUGUCCUGGACUACGAUUAUCACAGGGUAUGUAAAGAAUGAUGACCUUGAUGCUGCUCGGAAGGUGUUUGAUGGUAUGGAUGAGAAGUUGCUUGUGGCAUGGAAUGCAAUGAUCUCUGGCUAUGUACAUAAAGGUUUCAUCUUCGAAGCAUUAGAUAUGUUAAGGAAAAUGCAGUCAGCAGGGUUGAAGCCAGAUGAGUUUACCUGCACUAGUAUCCUCAGUGCUUGUGCCGAUGCUGGAUUGUUUCUUCUAGGAAAACAGGUGCAUGCUUAUGUUAGACGAACAGAAGAGGAAAUUCAUGUGUCUGUACAUAACGCUUUAAUAACAUUAUAUUGGAAAUGUGGUAGAGUCGAUGAAGCAAGAAAAGUUUUUGAUAAUCUAGCCUUUAAGGACCUUGUUUCGUGGAAUGCAGUUCUAUCAGCAUAUGUAGGUGCAGGGCGGAUUAAUGAAGCUAAAUUAUUCUUUGAUGAGAUGCCAGAGAAGAAUUCUCUGGCAUGGACAGUAAUGAUAUCAGGAUUUGCACAAAAUGGAAAAGGAGAAGAAGCUCUCAAACUGUUCAACCAAAUGAGACUACACGGGAUUGAGCUGUGUGACUAUGCAUUUGCAGGAGCUAUUACAUCUUGUGCAGUGCUUGCAGCACUAGAAACUGGAUGCCAACUCCAUGCUCAGCUUAUCCAGCGUGGAUUUGAUUCAAGCCUUUCAGCUGGAAAUGCAUUAAUAACAUUUUAUGGAAGAUCUGGGGUCAUUGAAGCUGCACGUACUGUGUUUCUCACAAUGCCUUGUGUAGAUUUGGUUUCUUGGAAUGCAUUAAUUGCUGCCUUGGGACAGCAUGGAUAUGGUGCUCAAGCCAUAGAACUUUUUGAACAGAUGUUAAAUGAACAUAUAACUCCUGAUAGGAUCAGCUUUCUCACAGUUAUAUCUGCUUGUAGUCAUGCAGGAUUGGUAGAAAGGGGACGACACUACUUUAAUAUAAUGCAUAGUGUUUACAAAAUAAAUCCAGGAGAAGAUCACUAUGCCCGUUUAAUUGAUUUGUUGUCUCGAGCUGGAAGGUUAUUAGAAGCAAAAGAUGUGAUCCAGACUAUGCCUACUAAACCUGGGGCACCCAUGUGGGAAGCUCUUCUUGCUGGUUGCCGAACUCAUAGGAACGUGGAUUUGGGGGUUGAAGCAGCAGAAAAACUCUUUGAGUUGACGCCACAACAUGAUGGAACCUACAUACUUUUGGCUAAUACCUUUGCUGCUGCAGGCCGGUGGGAUGAUGCUGCUAAAGUGCGAAAACUGAUGAGAGACCAAGGGGUGAAAAAAGAGCCUGGAUGUAGUUGGAUUAAGGUUGAGAAUACAGUUCAUGUCUUUUUGGUGGAUGAUACUGCACAUCCUGAAAUUCAAGCAGUGUACAACUACCUGGAGGAGUUAAGACUGAAGAUGAGGAAAAUGGGAUAUGUUCCAGACACACAAUAUGUGUUGCAGGAUAUGGAGGCUGAGCAAAAGGAGUAUGCUAUAUCAACUCAUAGUGAAAAGCUGGCAGUUGUAUUUGGGCUCUUGAAACUUCCUCGUGGAGCCACAAUUAGGGUCUUCAAGAACCUACGUAUUUGUGGUGACUGCCACAAUGCAAUUAAAUUCAUGUCGAAGGUUGAGGCAAGAGAAAUCAUCGUCAGAGAUGGAAAUAGGUUUCAUCAUUUCAGGGAUGGUGAAUGCUCAUGUGGGAAUUAUUGGUGAGAUAUGGGAUAAUGAUUACUGUCACCUAAUGAGUGUCUUGGUUUCUGUGGAGAUUUGAAGAAGUCAUUCUGGAAGUGGUUAUGUUGCCAAGGAAAAGUUAUAGCAUCUUCGGGUAUUAAAAUGUAAGACUUCAAUGCUGAAGUAGGAAUAUGUUGCUACGUCUUGUUUGACUGGCAUUUUGAAAAUGGAUGUGCAUUGUGAACGUUUCUGCUUUGUGUUCCCUGGUGGUGAAUGCUCAUUGGAUACCUUCUAGAUACUUAAGGCAUAAUGAACUAACGAGAUAGAGAUUGCAUAUAUCUUAUAGUUAUACACGAUUGAGUAACUAUCAAACAAAGAACUUGCAGCUCCUUAAUGCUCCCAGUUUGUGAAUAAUGGAAAUGCCAAAGGGUUGAGUGACUCUCUGCUAGGGGAAAUGAUACAGAGUACAGCUUGCAACUCAUCUAUAGAUGGGCACCUUCAUGUCCUACAGUGAGUAUAAUCCAUUUGUCAACCAUAUUUAAGUUGACGAUCUUUCACAUCCAUUGGUUAAAACAAGCAUAGAGCUGAAGGCAGACUUAGUUUUCCGCGAUGCUCCUUGGUUGGCACAUUUGUAUCUUUAGCAAGUGAUCUGCUUUUUCUGGGAUCUAAUUGGACUCAAUAAAUUCAAGUGGUGCUCUCCGUUCGUGACCAUUCUGACAGCUGUAUGUUCUUUUCAGGAUGCUCUGUGAUAGCAGAUAUACAUGUAAAGGUGUUUUCCCCUAAUAUUUGGUGCGGAUCGUUUCCCCUAAUAACUAGACCAGCCACUUUUUAAUAGAAUUCUUUGAAGUGGCCUUAUUUAGGAUUGAUCCAAGCCACUGAAAAUUAUUGUUUUUGGGGAUCAUUAAGUGUUCGUGAAGAAUAAUACAAUAUCUUAGCAAACUCCGAUAUCAAGCUGGCAUUCAAAUUCAUUCUUAAGACGAGUCAAAGGAUUUGAUAGAGGUUACAGAUACUUACAAUUUUAUCACUUUGGUAUUCAUUUGCCUUCUUUUUUUGUUGGUCUUUUAGGUUUACACACAAAUUUGUUUACACAUACGUUGUACACUUGUACUUGUCUCUCUUGGAAUCUGACAUUUGAAUGCAAGCACAUGU